CGCGUUUCCGCCGGGCUGCAUGUGGACCUGCAGGGUAACACGUGUGAGUGAGGGAAGAGAGCGGAGCGGAUCUGUCCGAUUAAUCACAACAGCAGGACUCCUAUAGACCUGAUCAACAUCUGAUCAACAUGACCAAACCCAAGUUUAAAGGCAGGAGCUCCAUAAACCCCUCAAACUCCAGUUCAAACCCCGAUCGAGUAAAGGGGACUGGAGGAAACAACAUGAGGGACCGGGCCACUAUCAAGCGUCUGAAUAUGUACAGACAAAAACAGAGAUGCAACAAUCGGGGUAAAGUCAUUAAGACAUUACAGUACCAGUCCACUGUGGCUCCUGGAACUGUAGCCAGAGUUGAACCCAACAUCAAGUGGUUUGCUAAUACUCGGGUCAUCAAGCAGUCGUCCCUGCAGAAGUUUCAGGAUGAGAUGGGUGCAGUGAAGAAGGAUCCAUACAGAGUGGUGAUGCGUCAGAGCAAGCUUCCCAUGUCUCUGCUGCACGACCGGAUUAAAGCUCAUAACUCCAAAGUACAUAUUCUGGACACAGAGACGUUUGAGACCACAUUUGGGCCUAAGGCUCAGAGAAAGCGGCCUAAUCUCAGUGUGGGGGAACUGAAGGAGCUGGCGGAUAAGGCUGAGGCUUCAACUCAGGGUUACAGCGCAGAGAAAGACCGUGACCUGGUGACUGAGGAUAGUGGUGUCCGGGAAGAAGUGCGUGAGGAGAUCUUCAAGAAGGGACAGUCAAAAAGGAUAUGGGGAGAACUUUAUAAGGUAAUCGACUCUUCAGAUGUUGUCAUCCAGGUGCUGGAUGCUCGGGACCCCAUGGGCACCAGGUCCAAGAACAUAGAGACCUACAUAAAGAAGGAGAAGUCCUGGAAACACCUUAUUUUCGUGCUUAACAAGUGUGAUCUUAUUCCCACUUGGGUGACGAAACGCUGGGUUGCGGUGCUGUCUCAGGAGUACCCCACCCUCGCCUUUCACGCCAGCCUCACCAACUCUUUCGGCAAGGGCUCUCUGAUUCAGCUCCUACGGCAGUUUGGAAAGCUCCACACAGACAAGAAGCAGAUCAGCGUAGGUUUUAUUGGUUACCCCAAUGUAGGGAAGAGCUCCGUCAUCAACACCCUGCGCUCCAAAAAGGUCUGCAAUGUGGCGCCGCUCGCUGGUGAGACAAAGGUUUGGCAGUACAUCACACUGAUGAGGCGCAUUUUUCUGAUUGACUGCCCUGGCGUUGUGUAUCCUUCUGAGGACAGUGAGACUGACAUCGUGCUGAAGGGAGUGGUGCAAGUGGAGAAGAUACGGAAUCCAGAGGAUCACAUUGGAGCUGUUUUGGAGAGAGCGAAGGCUGAGUACAUCCAGAAAACCUAUCGCAUCCCGUCCUGGAGCUCAGCCGAAGACUUUCUGGAAAAGCUGGCCUUCCGGACGGGGAAACUACUCAAGGGAGGAGAACCUGACCUGCCCACUGUUUCCAAAAUGGUACUUAAUGACUGGCAGAGGGGGCGCAUCCCAUUUUUCGUGAAGCCACCUGGAUUUGAGACGGAUGAAGAGGGCAAGGCACUAGUUCCAGUGGGCACAUCUGAACUGGAGGCAGAGCAGCAUGUCUGUGAAGAUGGGGAUGAGCAACAGUGUCCAGAGACAGCAGAGGCCACUGAGCAGGAUAUGCCACUGCAGCAGAGACAGAAACAUGAACAGGUGCAAAAGAUCCUGGCCAGCGUCAGACAGAACUUCGGCAAAAUUAAUGUGGCGCCGGAGUUCAGCGAGGAGGACCUUGUGCCAGUAGAGAUGCCUGACCUUUUUGACUGUUCUGGAUCAGAAGAGGAUGAAGGAGAAGAAGAAGAAGAAGAAGAAGGAGAGGGGAGUGAGGAAGAGGAGGGAAAGGAGGAGGAAAAGUUGGAGAGUGGGGAGAUUGAAGAGCAAAAAGAAGCAGAGGAUGAAAAAGAAUUGUCUGCAGCUGGAUCUUCAGCCAAAGCAGAGGGCAAGAGUGCACGCGAGGUGAACAAAGAGCUGGACGAGAAGAUCUCCAAAUUGAAGCAUUUCCUGGACCGUGCCAAAUCCAAGCGCUUCUCUGCUAUCCGUAUUCCCAAGGGCCUUUCUGAGAAGGUUUUUGUUUCAAGUGAAACGAAAACAGAACAGAAGGGCAUGAAGAAACCACAACAGAAAGCUGUGACGCAUAUCGGCAGAAAGAGGAAAGCUCUGGAAGACGAGGAGACGGCGCGGCCGACCAAACUCACAUCUAAAGAGAAAAGAAGAAUGGAGCGUGCCCAAAAAGUGAAGAAGAUCGGGAAUCGCUAUUAUGACACACACAACGUCAAGAACAAAAACAAGAACCGGAAAAUGCCCACGGAAGGCAGUAAAGGCAAAAGAGCGAAGCGAUAGGGCCGUCUGCUCUAACGCAUGUCUUAGUUAUGGACUUGGUUAUGUUCUCGGACAUUGGGUUGGGAUGUUGAAAGAUGUGUAUGAAGAGCAUUUACUGUGAGGGUUUGAUUAAUCUGUGAUUAAAUUGCCACUUACAGAUGCACUUUAUUCAAAACAUCAUCCUUCCACCCACAUAUAAAUGAUGGUUCUGAGUCACUACACCUACAAUUUUGAUCUGUGGUCACUGAUUACCUGAGUAUUUGUGCCUUAAGAAAAUGUUGUUGUUCAACAAUAUUCAAACUCUGGGUGUUCUUAAGGAUGAGUGAAAUCAUUAAUAAACUAUACAGAUGUGUA